UCGUACGCCUUUUUCUGAAAUCAAAUUCAUCAUUUACAAAUUUCAUCGAAAAAUAAUUUUAUCGCUUGAAUCCAUCUUGAUUAAACAUAUUUGAUAUAAUUAAUAAUUGGGGAAGAGAUAGUGACGAGUGUAAAGAUUUUUGAAAAAUACAUAUUUUGUGCAGAUUAUUGAAUUGUUAGGCUCUUCCCAAGUAACCAGUAAUUAUAAUAAUGAAGAUAUUUCUUGGAAGUCUAUUCAUCGCAUUGGCUGUUUUUCCUGAUGAUGUUCAAUCAGGUUCAUCGCCUGGAAAAUAUCCCUCAGAUUUGGGAAAUAAUCCUACACCCAUGGAUUGGAAGCCAACUCCGAGCGAAUUAGCCACUAAACCAGGUUCAGCGGUUAGAAAAUAUCCCAAUCCAUUGACCAUGAAAUACAAUCCAACGUUAGAUUUGCCUAAUGGGACAGGAAUGGAUCCAGAGCUGUCGAAAAUGCAUCACAAUCCGUAUGGAACUAUGCCCACUCCGAAGUCAGUAGUUCUCAAUUCGGCCCGUCCCCAGGUAUCUGAAAAAGUAAAAAGUGAACCCAUCGACAGUUAUGAAAGUUCGUCAUCCAAGCGCCAAAAUUUGAACUGAGAAUGAAGUACGACACCUACCAAAUAUAAAAUCCAUUGAAAAUGACUCUCAAUCCAACGGGAAUGUAUCCCACUUUGAAGAAAAUGUAUCCAAUUAUGAAGGAAAUGCCUCCAACUCUGACGGAAAUUAUUCACACCUUGACACGAGCAGUUGCUGCUCCGACGAGAAAAGUUCCCCUUCUGCCAGUACCCCGACCGCUAGAA